AUGAACAAAGACUACAGUGCAAUGUUGGCAGGGAAGGUAUGUACAUACUGCAAAUGCCCACGUGAGAAUCAUGACGUUGCUAAUGGAGACGACGCCAAUCAACCUGGAAUUAAUGGUAUCCAGGUGAAAAUACAAGGCAUCAACCUCAAUGAUAACAACGGUUAUGGGGAUGACGAUGAUCUCCCGCCCCCUCCCCCUCCAAGUAUGACUAUUUACCAUGAUGAUGGACAGUUUGAUGAAUUUCCGGAUGUGACGUCGAUUGAGAAUGACGCAGUGUCCAGUCUGCCCGGGCCUCCGGUGUUUGUCGAGACGAGACCUUCAUCUAAAAAAUACCUUUGGUCACCCCCUGGAUUGAACUCCAGUCAGCGUUGCUUUCGCUGUAGUCGACCAAUUCUACGAAGUGAGCCCGCGGUCAUCGCUGAAGACAUCGGACAAGAAGCGAUUUAUCAUCCAGCAUGCUUUUCGUGCGAGACGUGUGACGAGUUGCUUGUGAACCUGGUGUAUUUUCACAGCGAAGACGAAGUGUACUGCGCCAGACAUCACGCCGAACUCUCAAAACAAAGAUGCGGGGGAUGUGAUGAAUCUGGUUCUGAAGUGCGUGUCAACAAUCUKUUUGAGGACCUGMGAGAUGGAACAACUUUACUAACAUUAUUGGAAGUUUUGUGUGGAAAGAAAAUUCGGCGUGAAAGGGGACGGCUACGCGUCCAUCACCUCAACAACGUCAACAAUGCUAUGACAGCCCUUGAAAACUAUAAUAUUAAGUUAGUUGGGAUCAGCAAUAAUGACAUUGUGGACGGAAAUCCCAAAAUUACAUUGGGUCUUCUUUGGAACAUUAUAUCUCAUUUCCAGCUUUUACAUGCUCUUCAAUCGCUGAUGGCUGACUUUCAGGGGUCCCCUGAGGAGGCGCUGUUGCGCUGGUGUAGGCAGUCAACCAAGGAAUACAGCAAUGUCAACAUCAAUAAUUUUACUACAAGUUGGAAAGAUGGUCUUGCCUUCAAUGCACUUAUACAUAGAUACAGGCCUGACCUCGUCAAAUUUGAUAAUUUGAUCGGAAAAAGUGCGUCUUACAAUUGCGAGAAUGCAUUCAACGUUGCUCGUGAUAAACUUGGUGUCGAUCGUCUCCUGGAUCCAGAAGAUGUCACGCGUGACAGACCUGAUAAGAAGUCUAUCAUGAUGUACGUCGCUAUGCUAUACAAUAAGUUGUCACCCACUAUCACGCUAAGUACUGUCAGUUCUGGUGAUUCAAAUGGUGUCCUUGCUUCGCGUGACGCAUAUUCACACGGUAACACAAUGACUAGUACUACGACUCGUACAAUGCAAAGCACUCAAGUUUCAUCUACAGUGAAACGGACAGUUACGUCUUCAUAUACUACAAGUAGUGGUGGAGACGUCAAACGCUCAAAGAUCGUAACCUCGAGCAGUAAUGGCGAACCAAGCAAGUACAUUACAUCAGAGACYUCRUAYAUCAGAGAAAAACCAGUCCAACAAACMGCUACCACAGUGUCUGGUUCUGAAGUGCGUGUCAACAAUCUKUUUGAGGACCUGMGAGAUGGAACAACUUUACUAACAUUAUUGGAAGUUUUGUGUGGAAAGAAAAUUCGGCGUGAAAGGGGACGGCUACGCGUCCAUCACCUCAACAACGUCAACAAUGCUAUGACAGCCCUUGAAAACUAUAAUAUUAAGUUAGUUGGGAUCAGCAAUAAUGACAUUGUGGACGGAAAUCCCAAAAUUACAUUGGGUCUUCUUUGGAACAUUAUAUCUCAUUUCCAGCUUUUACAUGCUCUUCAAUCGCUGAUGGCUGACUUUCAGGGGUCCCCUGAGGAGGCGCUGUUGCGCUGGUGUAGGCAGUCAACCAAGGAAUACAGCAAUGUUAACAUCAAUAAUUUUACUACAAGUUGGAAAGAUGGUCUUGCUUUCAAUGCACUUAUACAUAGAUACAGGCCUGACCUCGUCAAAUUUGAUAAUUUGAUCGGAAAAAGUGCGUCUUACAAUUGCGAGAAUGCAUUCAACGUUGCUCGUGAUAAACUUGGUGUCGAUCGUCUCCUGGAUCCAGAAGAUGUCACGCGUGACAGACCUGAUAAGAAGUCUAUCAUGAUGUACGUCGCUAUGCUAUACAAUAAGUUGUCACCCACUAUCACGCUAAGUACUGUCAGUUCUGGUGAUUCAAAUGGUGUCCUUGCUUCGCGUGACGCAUAUUCACACGGUAACACAAUGACUAGUACUACGACUCGUACAAUGCAAAGCACUCAAGUUUCAUCUACAGUGAAACGGACAGUUACGUCUUCAUAUACUACAAGUAGUGGUGGAGACGUCAAACGCUCAAAGAUCGUAACCUCGAGCAGUAAUGGCGAACCAAGCAAGUACAUUACAUCAGAGACYUCRUAYAUCAGAGAAAAACCAGUCCAACAAACMGCUACCACAGUGGUCGAGCACGUUCUCCAAGGUAGACCAGACUCCUUCUACGACUCAGACAGCAUUCGUAACUCUGUCGGGUCUUUUCGAGAUUCUGUCGGCUCGAAUCGUGAUUCGGUCGGUGAUCACGACUGGGAAGAAUACAAUGCUCAGUUACAAGAGGUUUUACAAUGGCUUUCUAAGGCAGAAUCAAAGCUCAGGUCGCAACCUGCCGUGUCGUUGAAUGUUGAUGUCGUGAAAGACCAGUUUCAUGAACACGAGGAUUUCAUGAUAAUUAACCAUAUCAUACCCAACCUCAUCCAACAAUUGCUUAUAUUUCCACAAAAUCAAAUGAUAAUUGACCAUAUCAUACCAAACCUCAUCCAACAAUUGCUUGUAUUUCGACAGGAUUNGUAA